UGGCUGAGCAAACACUGUCAAGCCUCGGCUUUCAGAUGCUCAUUCCUCUUCCUCUCCUUCUCAUCCUCUAUAAAAGCUUUUCUCUUUUGGGUUAAUUGCUACCUCUCUCUCACUCUCUCAUAUCUGGCAGCCUUGGUUACCAUCUUCACCUCUGGAUCUUCACCUUUGGAGGUGAUUUCUGAUAUGCCAAUGAGAUCAACUUGAUAUUUUCGAAAUUAGGUAGAGUUUAUAAGUCUACUUAUCAUGUCUGAUCCGGUUGUGCGAUCUUAUCAUGGUGGUGAAGGAACUAGUGAGCUAGCUUCACAUCCUUAUGAAUCUGUUUGGAUGGCUAAUUGGAGGUGCACAAGUUGUAAGUCAGAAACCAAAGCGUGUGGCCAUGUAUCGAUUCGUUAUGAGGAGGCCCAACAACACAAUCAUGGUGUUAAGAAACACUCCUUGUUUAGAGGGUUCGGAGAAGUAACUGAACCGAAAAGAGUAAGAAAUAUCGAUGAGGGCCUCGGUUUGACAGAGAGUUCAAAGAAAACAAGGAAGGAGAUAUGGGAAGGCCAGUCCUUUCCAAUGUUCAAUCUUCCUCCAAAGACUAGUGUGGCUCAACUGAAUCAGGACAAUUCUACUUUCCAUGGGGGAUUACUUGGUGAGAGUAGCCCACCGGCAAUGCCUGUCUGGAUUCCUACUGAUGCAUGGGCUCUGGAAGCCGCCCCACCACCUCCAGAGCGACAGGUGAAAUAUCAUAAUUUUCUUGAGAACAAUAGCCUAGCUGAUUCCAAAUCUUUUCGGGAUGAAUCAAUGAGAUCAGAUUCCAAAAUUGUGCCGCAUCAAUCUAAAGGUGGGCGGACUUCUUUGUCAUCUUUCCUGUGUAGUGAAGAGGAAAUUAAUCUAUCCAACUCCCUUCUAGCACCUCGACAACAUGCCACAAACACUUGUAAUCACGCAAUUUCCACAUUGUUGGCCCAUGAGAAUAACUUCCAUAACAAUGUUGUCUCUCAAAGAUCAGGGGGUUCAUUGCCAAGGCAGAAUGAUAUGGUUUUGUUGCAGCACGACCCCUCCACAAGCAGCAUGCAGCAACCAAAUUAUUUUGGUAAAAAUUUCCUAGAAAUGCAAAAUCAGCCUGGUAUUGGAUUGCUUUCAAGCCACGCCAGCCCCCCAGAGCCUGCAGCGUUCUGUGCAUAA